CACCUGGAAAAGUCACGAAACAAACUAAAGCAGGUUUGAUUUUCUAACCUCAUGGUGGACUGGGUUUUACUCAGGCCAGGAACUGAAGAAACAAACGGAAACAAUGCGUAUUACCGACUGGAGGUGAAUGGUGGGAGUGGUCGUGUGUCUGUGGGUGUUUCCUGCUGCUCCAUAUAAGAUGCUGUGGAAAUGUCUAAGGUCUGAGAGCAGCAGCAGCAGCAGCAGCAGCAGCAGCAGCACGACGGGACAGCUGUUACUCAGUCUCUCACCGUCCUGCGGGGGACUCUCUGAUCCUGAAUCUGCUCUGGGCUGCAAACGAUAGAAACCUGAGACCCGAUGGAGGGGGGGCAGAGCCUACUCCUCAUCCUCAUGGUAGGAUUGUGUUUCCACAGCAUCACUGCUCAGAGAACAGUCUGUACGCAAGAGGGCGUCGCCGACAUUGUCUUCAUGGUUGACGGGUCGUGGAGCAUCGGUACAAAAAACUUUGAGCAGAUCCGCCAGUUCCUCUACACACUGGUCAACAGCUUCGACGUCGGUCCUGAUCGAGUCCGCAUUGGAUUGGUCCAGUACAGCACCACACCGCGCACAGAGUUCCUGCUAAAAGACCACAUGGACAAGCAGUCACUGCUAACACAGAUCAGCUCGUUCCCCUAUCUAACAGGAGGAACACAGACGGGAGAAGCGAUUAAAUUCAUUAAUCAAACCUACUUCACCGAGGAGGCCGGGAGCCGAGCCAACCAGCGGGUGCCUCAGAUCGCCGUGGUCAUCACAGACGGUGAAUCCACAGAUGAUGUAAUCGAGCCUGCUAAGAGUCUACGGGAGAAAGGCGUUAUGGUGUUCGCUAUCGGUGUCGGACAGGCUAACAUCAAGGAGCUCCAGUCCAUGGCCAACAAGCCUUCAGAGCACUUUGUGUUCCACCUAGAUAACUACCAGGCUCUGCUGGCCAAGAAGGACGAGCUGUUGCAGACCGUCUGCGUCUCCAUGGAGGAUCAGAGACAAGCGUUGGCUGAAAAAUUUUCGGACAUUUUCUUCCUGUUGGACGGCGGCUUAAGUUCCACAGAGUUCGGGCAAGUCCGGAACAUCCUGGUUCGACUGUCCAACCAGCUGAAGGUGGGGGCGUCUGCCCAUCGCUUGGGCCUAGCCUUCUACGGACAAGACACCAGGGUGGAGUUCUUUCUCAACAGCUACCAGACCAAAGAAGACAUACAGAGUAAAAUCAAGAAGGUCCGCAUCGGUCAACUGCAACCCAACGAAAAGCGCAACCUAGGGAAUGCCCUGGAACAAGCAAGGACUCGCUUCUUAAUCAAAGAGGCUGGGAGUCGUGCAGACCAAGGGUACCAACAGUACCUGGUCGUGUUUAGUGGACAAGAUUCUAAUGAUGACGUGGACAGGUUUUCACACCUUAUUAAAUCUGAAGGAGUGACGGUGGCGGGCGUAUCUCUGGGUGUGUCCUCUAGUCAAAUGAAAGACAUUUCCACACCGGGCUAUUAUUUUCAAUCCAACACCAACUUAGUGCCGUCGCUGAAGUCUGUGUUUGAGGGACAGGAACAAGCAUUUUCUCAGACUCAAGAUUGUAGAGCGGCCUUCCUAGCCGACAUCGUCUUCAUCGUUGACGAGUCCGGAAGCAUCGGAACUAAAAAUUUCCAGCUGGUGCGUACAUUCCUACACACUGUGAUUAGCGGCAUUGAGGUCGGUUCGAACAGAGUGCGGCUUGGAAUUGUAACGUACAGCGCUAAGGCCACAGCACAUGUCUACCUCGACAGCUUCGAUAACAAGAAGGAUCUGUUAAACUUUGUUAAAAUCCUGCCUUAUCGCAAGGGAGGAACCCAAACAGGAGCCGCCCUGAAUUUCACCAGGGAAAAUGUUUUUGUUAAAAAUAGAGGAAGCAGGAAAGACUAAGGUUUUCAGCAGGUGGCAGUAGUUAUCACUGAUGGCAAAUCCGAUGAUGACGUGAGCCGAGCAGCAGCAGAACUUCGUAGAACCGGCGUCACCAUUUACUCUGUUGGAAUUAAAAACGCUACCAAGGAAGAGCUGGUGAAAAUAGUCUCGCAUCCUCCAAAUAAACACAUUUUUAUGGUGAACGACUUCACCAAACUCAGGUCUGUAGAGCAGACUCUUCAAAAGAUUCUCUGUCAGGACAUCGUGCACCAGGCUAUUACCGUCCAGACCAGAAGAACUAACAUCAAAGAAGAAUGCUUGCAAACAGAUGAAGCUGAUAUUUUCUUCCUCAUCGACCAAUCGGGGAGUAUCCACCCUCCAGAUUUCUACGAUAUGAAGAAGUUCAUCUUUGAGUUUCUCAACAAUUUCCGUAUUGGGCCACAGCAUAUCCGUGUGGGUAUUGUGAAAUAUGCAGACGACCCUGUCCUGGAGUUUGACCUGACGACCUAUUCUGAUGUCAAGACAAUGAAGAAAGCCGUGGAGGACAUGCUCCAGGUGGGAGGAGGCACCGAGACUGGAAAAGCAAUUACUUUUAUGGGCCCACAGUUUGACAGAGCAGAGGUAACACGUGGCUACAAAGUCUCAGAGUACCUGGUCGUCAUCACUGAUGGACAGUCAACCGACGAUGUCAAGGUUCCUGCCAAAAAACUCCAGUCCCAGGGUGUCACGGUUUACGCCAUCGGGGUGCAAAACGCAGACCAGGAACAGUUGAGAGAAAUUGCGGGCGACCCCAAAAGAACAUUCUUUGUGAAUGACUUUGACGCCUUAAAUCCCAUCAAGGAUAACAUCAUCACAGAUAUCUGUUCUACAGAUGCCUGUAAAGACAUACCAGGAGACCUGGUCUUUUUGAUUGACAGCUCAGGAAGCAUUGACUCAUUAGACUACGAGAAAAUGAAGGAGUUCAUGAAAACCAUCAUCAGUAGGUCCGCCAUUGGGAUCGACGACGUGCACAUUGGUGUCAUGCAGUACAGCACCAAGCCGAGGCUGGAGUUCUCUCUCAGCUUCACUUACAACAAAGAUGAGAUGAACACGGCCGUUGACAAAAUGCAGCAAAUCGGAGGAGGUACGCACACCGGCCAGGCCAUCACUGCCGUGUCUCAGCUCUUUGACGGAGGGCGUUCCAAACUGAGGCAGAGGUUGGUGGUGAUCACAGACGGGGAGUCCCAAGACGCCGUCGCAGCCCCGGCUGAAGCUCUGAGAGCCAAGGGUGUGGCCAUCUAUGCCAUUGGAGUUGUGAACGCCAACACGACUCAGCUGCUGGAGAUCAGCGGCUCCUCCGACAAGAUGUAUUCUGGGAGAGACUUUGAUGCUUUAAAGGACCUGGAGAACCAAAUUUCUUUGGACCUGUGUGCAAAAGAGGGAGAGUGUAGGAAGACACAGCAGGCUGACGUCAUUUUCCUGGUGGACGGUUCCACCAGCAUCAGCCUUCCCAAGUUCAGGAGCAUGCAGAAGUUUAUGUCGGCCAUGGUCAACCAAACCACGGUGGGUAAAGACCUGACCCGCUUCGGUGUCAUCCUCUACUCCACCUACCCCAAAAAUAACUUCACCCUGGAGACGUACGGCUCCAAAAAAGAGGUGCUUCAAGCCAUUCAAGACCUAACGCCGCCAAGAGGAGACACCUACACCGGCCUGGCCCUGGAGUACUCCUUAGACUUCUUCAGUGCUGCCAAUGGAGGUCGGGCUGCUCUCAAGGUGCCUCAGGUUCUCAUGGUGAUCACAGACGGUGAAGCCACUGACCCUCACCAUCUCGAAAAGCCUUCGAUGGCACUGAGAAACAACGGGAUCAGCGUCUUCAGCAUUGGUGUGGAAGAAGCCAACAAGGAAGAGCUGGAGAUCAUGGCAGGUCACGACGCUUCCAAAAUUUUCUACGUGGACAAUUUUGAUGCUCUGGAAACUCUGUACAAGAACCUUUCUCUGGUUCUCUGCAACUCCACCAAACCAGUUUGUGAGAAGCAGAAGGCCGACCUGGUCUUCCUCCUGGAUCAGUCUGGAAGCAUCACGACCAACGAUUACACCAUCAUGAAGAAAUUCACCACUGACCUGAUCAAGAGCUUCAAAGUCGGUGAAGAUCUGGUCCGUGUGGGCCUGGCCCAGUUCAGCGACACUUUCCAACACGAGUUCUACCUCGACAAAUUCUACAGCGAGCAGGAAGUCACCAAACAUAUUAUGGGCACUGUGCAAACGGGAGGAGGAACCAAAAUAGGGAAAGCACUGGAUUCCAUCAGGGAUUAUUUUCAGGCGUCACGCGGCGGCCGCAGAUCUUCAGGGAUUUCUCAGAAUCUGGUACUGAUCACUGACGGAGAUUCACAGGACGAAGUUCUAGCGGCUGCCGAGCGUCUCAGAGCCCUGAAAGUCGAGGUGUUUGUCAUCGGCAUCGGACACGUUCAGGUCAUGGAGCUCCUGCAGAUCACUGGCACCCCAGACAGACUGUUCACUGUGCAGAACUUUGGCAGCUUGGAAAAGAUCAAGGACAAGGUGGUGGAUACCAUCUGCAAGUCCAAACCCAUAGAAAAUCCAAGUGGCUGCACCAUCGAUGUUGCCAUGGGCUUUGAUAUCUCUCGACGAAGCGGAACGCCUGGUGAGAUGUUGGUCAGCGGCCACACCAAGCUCCAGGCCCUCCUUCCAGAGAUCGGACAUUACGCUUCCUCGGUAUCAGAGCUGUGCUGCUCCAAACCCGACCUCAUCAGGACCAACGUGGGCUACAGAGUGGUGGGCCGGAACGGACAACAAAUCGAUGACUUCAAAUUUGAGGCCUACAGUGAGGAGGUGCUGAGGAAGGUCAUGACCCUUAAUCUGAAGGAACCCACUUACUUCAACUCCGCUCUGCUCAAGUCCUUUGGUCAGAAGUUCAAAGCCGAGUCCGGGGCUGGUGUGAAGGUGCUGAUCAUCUUCUCAGAUGGACUGGAUGAAGACGUGAUGAGACUGGAACAGGAGUCGGAGCUCCUGCGGAAGUCCAAUAUCAACGCUCUGCUGGUGGUGGCUCUAGAGGGCGCUCGUAACCCCGCCGAGCUGCAGAUGGUGGAGUUUGGACGUGGCUUUGGCUACAAACUCCCGCUGAGCAUCGGCAUGCCGAGUGUGGGCAGCACCAUCCUCAAACAGAUUGACGCCGUGUCGAACAGGGAAUGCUGCAGCGUCAUGUGCAAGUGCUCCGGACACGAAGGCGUCCACGGAUCUCGCGGACACCCUGGAUCAAAGGGUGUGACGGGUCAGAAGGGAUACCCAGGAUUCCCUGGAGAGGAGGGCGUGGCUGGAGAACGAGGAUUUCCAGGACCCAGUGGACCUCAGGGGCUGCAGGGCUGCUCCGGUAACAGAGGAACAAAGGGAAACCGAGGUCUGCGUGGCAACAGGGGAGACGAUGGAGAGGACGGACUGGACGGAGUGAACGGAGAACAGGGAAUGACGGGAAAAGACGGCGUCGGAGGAGAGAGAGGACGAAGAGGAGACCCAGGAAUUCCGGGAAUCCGAGGAGAGGCGGGGCUGAAAGGACAGCGAGGACUGCGAGGUGAUCCGGGUGAACCUGGAGCCGACAAGAACAGCCCCGGAGCCAAGGGGGAAUCUGGGAAUCCUGGUCUACCUGGACCCCCUGGAUCCAACGGUCAGCCUGGUGAGAGUGGAGUGGUGGGAAACCAAGGUCCAGAUGGAAGAAGAGGAGCAGCUGGAGAGAAGGGCGCAGUUGGACCUCCUGGAGACAAAGGACAACCAGGCAUUGAUGGACCUUCUGGUUCUAGGGGUCCCCAAGGUAUUAGAGGUCAACCUGGACCCAAAGGAAUAUUUGGACUUCCUGGACCUCAGGGAGCACCAGGAGCUCCAGGAGAAGUAGGAGGCGCAGGGAGACGAGGAGCUGUCGGACAGAAGGGUCAACCAGGAGAUCCUGGAGUCCAAGGAGGUCCAGGACAGCAGGGAGCCAGAGGACCUCCGGGUCAGGAUGGUCGAGACGGAUAUGGACCUCCAGGAGCCAAGGGAGCAAAGGGAGAUCAUGGAUUUCCUGGAUAUCCUGGUUUAGUGGGUGAGACGGGUCCUGAUGGAUCUAAAGGAUUUCCAGGACCUAAAGGGAACCGAGGUCGUAACGGAAACUCUGGUCCAUCUGGAGAGACGGGACUUCCUGGAGCGGGGGGGAAUCCUGGACACACGGGAUCCAGAGGUCCACCUGGAGUCAGAGGCAUGACGGAGUGUCAGCUGAUCACUUACAUCAGAGACAACUGUGCCUGUUCCUUCGAUCGGACCGACUGUCCCGCCUUCCCCACUGAGCUGGUGAUUGGUCUGGACAUGUCCGAGGACGUGGCGCCUGCUGUCUUUGAGAGGCAGCGCUCCGCCGCUCUGGCCCUGCUGGAGGACGUCGGCAUUGCAGAGAGCAACUGUCCCACUGGAGCUCGUGUGGCCGUGGUGGGUUACAGCGCCUACACCAGGUACCUGGUCCGCUUCCAGGAUUACCGUCAUAAGAAGCAGCUGAUAGAGUUUGUGAAGAACAUCGCCCCGGAGAGGACGACCAACCAACGCCACCUAGCUGCCGCCAUGCGUUUCGUGGCUCAUAACGUCUUCAAACGUGUCCGAUCGGGAAUGAUGAUGAGGAAAGUCGCCGUCUUCUUUUCUAGCGGACCUUCGCAGGAUGUGAGUGACCUGGUGACGGCCGUGAUGGAGUACCGCGGCCUCAACAUUGUUCCGGCCAUCGUCUCCACCAGGAACGCUCCAGGAAUGCGCAAAGCCAUGGAGUUGGACGACUCGGGGAACUCCAUCUUCACCGUGCUGGGCAGAGACAUGGCCGCUGACCUGAGGAAGGUGAAGAACUGCGCCAUCUGUUACGACCCGUGCCGACGCUCGGAGGAGUGCGGCUUCAUCCAGGGGACGGCGCCUCCUCAGGACGUGGACGUGGAUCUGGCCAUGGUCGUGGACAGCUCCAGGGAGGUGCAGGGAGACCAGUACACCGGCUUCCAGGAGCUGCUGGGUUCUAUCGUGGAGCAGCUGGCCGUCAGCUCACAGCCGCGCCGCGCCGGCACCCAGGCCCGGGUCGCCGUAGUCCAGCAGAGCGGAACCAAGACUCCCAAAGUGGAGUUCAGUCUGCAGACCUACCAGGACCAGCAGGUGAUGAGAACUCACCUCUUACAGAAGAUGCACCAGCUGGGCGGAGCCUCGUAUUUGGGGCUGACGCUGAACUACACCCUGACGGAGGUUCUGAAGAAGGCCACCAACGCCCGCAGGAAGAAGCUGCUGCUGGUGGUGGUUGGCACCCAGACGGCACACGAGGACCACGCCCUCCUGCAGUACGUCUCCAAUAAGGUUAAGUGUGAGGGCGUGGCCGUGUUUGUGCUGACGGUGGGCGAUCGCUACAGCCGCGUGCAGGUGGAGGAGUUGGCCAGUGUUCCUGUGCACCAGCACCUGAUCCACCUGGACCGACUGAAGGCUGAAGAGCAGACGUACACCCAACGCUUCUUCCGAGUCUUCCUCAAUGCUCUCAACAGGGGAGUGAACACGUAUUCUACUGCAUCAAUAAAACAGGCCUGUGAAAGGGUGGAAGCUCAGGAACGAGAACAGAGCUCCACCUAUAGUCAGAGUCAGGUGGGGCAGUGGGCGGAGCUAGAAACAGUGAUGGCGGAGGAACCGAGGGAACAAUUCCAGCAACAGACCAGAGGACGGACGCAGACGGGACAGAUCGACGUGAUGGACACACUACUGCCAGGAGACGCAGGAUUCUCAGUGAUGUGGGACAACGGUAACACACACACACACACACACACCCACACCCCAAACGCCCCCCCCCUUCAGUUUACAACUCAUCGUCACAGACUAAUGAAAGUCAAUCAUAUGGUUCUCACCCACAGACGCAGAACAGUUUCUCAGCAGAACCGUUGAGAACAACUUCCCCUCCAAAG